AUGGCCUUCUUCCGGCCGCCCUCGGCCUCGUCGUCCUCCUCAUCCUCGUUCCUCAAUAGUGUGGAGGCCCGGCCAGCCCCUGCCGGCGGCCAUCAGAACAAGUCGUCCAGCAACACCUUCUUCGUCUUCGGGGACGACUUCGCCGACAACGGGAACCUCCCUCUCACCGAACCCGUCACCAAGAUGUCGCGGCAAUGGGCCUACCCCUACGGCUCCGUGUAUACCGAUGCCCAUGGGUUUCCGCGACCAAAUACUCCGUCUGGCCGCUUCUCCAACUGCAAAAUCCAGUCAGAUUUCAUUGGUAAGACUAAUGCUUAUAUUGGAAAGGUGACAAAAGAGGUUGCGGCUAAUGUGGAGCAAUUGUUGAAGCUCGGGGUGAAAAAAGUUCUUGUCAACAACUUGCACCCUAUCGGUUGCACGCCGUCACAAACCCGAACCAAUAACUACACCGCGUGCGAUAUUUUUGGAAAUUUGGGUGCAUCAAUUCACAACGAUAACCUGAAACAAGUCAUGACAGUAAAGAAGAAUGUCCAGAUCAUCGACCUAUACACCUCAUUUACUAGUAUUGUGGAUCAUGCGCCAGGUAAAGGCUCGGAUCUAUCUAAGCAAUUCAAGCGCAAACUGUCGCCCUGUUGCGAGAGUUUGGAUUCGAAUGGCUAUUGCGGACAACAAGGCGAGUCGUCCUCAGAGCUUCUAUACACCGUGUGCGACAAGUCCGACAAAUUUUUCUAUUGGGACGACAUGCACCCCACACAUGCAGGAUGGGAGGCUAUCAUGAAACAGUUGGAAAAGCCUUUGAAGGAGUUUGUAGAUCAAGAGUAG